AAUGACAAUAAAUAAAAAAUCUAUCAAACUUUUAUCCAUUUAUCUUCUGACAUCUAUACAGCAGUUUUGUAAAUUUUGUUAUUUUAUAAGUAAUAUUUUAUUUUGCUAUGGAUAUUUCGUAUCAGUAUUCUAAGAAACGAUGCCGUUUCGGUGGUCAGCCUCAGUUCUGCGAGCAGGGCCCGGAGAUGUGCGACAGCAUCGCCACGAAUGUCGUCGAGCACAAGAACUUCAUCCUGCGGAACCCCGUGCACCAGCCCACGCAGCACACUCCUUUCUAUUCUGAAAACAACGCUAAUACCAUCAGAACGGACUACAGCUCAUCAGGAGCGAACCACGCGGAAGGUGGGUGGCCUAAAGAUGUCAGCGUCAUCGAUCCCGAAGCCACACAGCGGUACCGACGUAAAGUUGAAAAAGAUGACAACUACAUCAACUGCGUCAUGUCCACUGCUCCGGAGAUGGAUCAUUACGUGCUCCAAAACAACGCCAUCGACAUGUACCGAACGUACUAUGCAGAAAUGCCAUCUAUGCCAGAACUGGAACGCAUCAGCUGUCGCACUGUGAACGUGUAUCGCGACGGUGAUGGAACGGAAGCGACGCGACCGGUCAGCUCCAUAUGCUGGCAGCCUGAUGGCGGCCAACGCUUCGCAGUCACCUACAUCGACGUGGACUUCAACCGCAACGCGCGAGCGCCCAUUGUCUCUUACAUUUGGAACUUGGAGAACGCGAAUCAACCAGAAGUAACGUUCACACCACCAUGCCCGCUCUUAGAUUUGAUAUAUAAUCCUCGUGAUCAAAACCUUAUGGCUGGUGGUUUGGUUAAUGGACAGGUCGGCGUGUGGGACGCACGAAAAGGCGGCGAUCCAACUCUCACAUGUCCACCGCAUGUUGCCCAUCGAGAUCUUGUGCGAAACGUCAUAUUCAUCAACUCUAAAUCGGGACUAGAGUUCUUCUCUGGAGGAUCAGACGGGGCCUGUAAGUGGUGGGACAUCCGAAACAUGAGUGAGCCUGUGGAAGAGAUGAUUUUAGAUGCAGUGAAGUCUUCAUUUGACGUUCAAACGAUGGCUAAAGCUAACGGUGUGACAGCAUUAGAAUUCGAGCCCACUAUGCCGACGCGCUUCAUGGCUGGAACUGAAAACGGACUUAUCAUCGGAGGCAACCGUAAAGGAAAGACACCGUUAGAGAAAAUACCUCUUAAGAUGGAAGCGCACCUGGGUCCCAUCUGGUCCCUGGAGCGUAAUCCGGGAUUUUUGAAAAAUUUUCUAACCGUUGGAGAUUGGACAGCACGAAUUUGGAGCGAGGACUGUCGCGAAUCUCCCGUACUAUGGUCUCCUCUACAUCGGCACAAGAUCACUGCUGGUACUUGGAGUCCAACUAGGUCCUCAUUGAUGCUGCUGGCUCAGUGGAACGGGACGCUAGCGACGUGGGACCUGUUGCGGCGUCAGCAUGAGCCCGUACUCACUAUGCACGUCUGUGAUGAACCGCUUUUGAGGCUCAAAACUCAUGAAAGGGGUACGCUCGUGGCUUGCGGGAGUCAGAAGGGUAGCAUUUUCAUGGUGGAACUGUCGCAAACCUUGACACAGUCUGAUAAAAACGAUAAGACAUUGCUGACAGCGGUAUUGGAACGGGAGAGUAAAAGGGAGCGUAUUCUGGAGGCUCGCAUGCGUGAGAUUAGAUUGAAGAUGCGUCAGGCCGAGGAGGGCUCGCCGCGCGCCUCGCUCACGGAGCCCGAGCUACCCUUUGACGUCAACGCUGUCACGGCCGAGUACUUUGCAAUCGUGAAGAAAGAACUAGCCGCCCUGUGAAUUUAUUUUAUAUGUGGUUUAUUGUUUGUAAUGAUCUAGUUAUUUUGAUUUGUUUUUUAAGAUUGAAUUUGUAAGUUGUUUUGAAUGAAUUCUUUUUAAUUUUU